AUGGCAAACCAGCAAGAAUCAGAAAAUUCUACCGUCAUGGACUAUCCCGUUAACCCCAAAAAACCUCAACCCCUCCUUCCUGUCUCUUGGCCACGAUCAACAGCUGCCACCACCGCCACAGACCACUCAAAGCACAACUGCCCAGAAGACCAGAACGCAAACAAUAACAAGAGGUGGAAAGACUUGAGCUGCAAGAAAAAGGUUGUGAUUGUAGCUUCCUCAGUCGGACUUCUACUGCUUGCUUCCAUUCUUGUCUAUUUUGCAAUCUUUAUACAUGGAAGAUUUCAUCCACCAUCGUUUAAGGUUGAUUCACUCCGUGUAACUCCCUUCGAUAUCUCUUCUUCUCAAUUAACAACCAAUUGGGACAUAAAUUUCUCUAUUACAAAUCCUAAUCAUCAACCACUCAGGCUAUUUUACAGAGAUGUCAAGGUUUCAGUUUUUUACGAGGACAAAAACAUCUCGUCCGCGGAAAUCAAGCCCUUCUUUUUAAAUCUAAAUGGGAAGCCAAUAUUUGGUUACUCAAAGAGUAUUGUCAAUGGCUCGAUGGAACAAGAUUUUGUUGCAAAUUGGUCAAGUGAUGGCCUGAUUUUGCAAGAUUCAGUGAUAGAUUUGUCAAGCAGCCCAGUAAAAUUCACUCUCACAGUGGAUGCAACAGUUUUUGUUAAUCCCCAAACACCAAAAGAAUUAGAAAUUAUUCCGGUGACGGUCUCAUGUGAAGAUAUCAAGGUUGAAUUUUCAUCUGAUUCAAAGAGUUCUGCCUGGACGAUGUUGAAUCAUACAAACAAAUGCAAAUCUAAAUGGGUUCCAGAUAGAUUCUUAUAUUGA